AUGAAUGGUACAACACUGUAUGAAAUGUACGAUCGAUUCUUGGUCACCAAUGAAACAGAUAAUUAUCAACUCUUUCUUGAAGGACCUGCCACAGGAACCUUAGGUGAUCGUAUGCUACACACUGGUUAUACUUAUGGCUUUGACCUGUCUGGGAUGUACUUCAGUACCCUAGACAGGGAUUACGACAGAUGGAGUAGAAGUAACUGUGCUGUUGGGUUUGGAGGGGGAGGAGGCUGGUGGUAUAACGCCUGCCAUCAUGCCUUCGUUAACGGUCCAUGGCCCCCUACAGAGUGGUACAAACCUUGGUUUCCUACAUUACCAAUGUACGGGACCAAUGUGACGGGAACACUGAUGAUGAUUAAACGUCAUAAGGUAAACAUAAUGAAAUCUGCAUAA